CAUCCUAGCAUUUGAUCCACUGCGGGUCCGUCAAAGAUCUUUGUAGAUCUUAUUGACCGUGCGCUGUCUAACUUCUAUCGCGCUCACGUUAGACAGUUUGCUAGAAGAGAACGGACAAAGUGUAAAUGAAUGCGGCACCCGCCAAUGGAAUCGGAAGUGAGGACACGUGAUACGCGAGAGUCGCUGAAAUGCCCGAUGUUCGAGACGCAAACAUGUAGAGACCGACCAAAAACGCCAAGAGACCAUGCAACUGGAAAGGAAAGAAGAAAAAAAAAAUUCAAAGACACUCUGAGACGGUUGCUCCGAGAUCCGCCUUAUCGGAAACAAUGAAGUCGUAAGUCA